AUCAGUACAUAGAAUCACAUCGGACGCGAAACGCUAAAUGCAGGACAGUUACAUCCGCUUUUCCUCUCAAUAGUUCGAAAACUUUCCAAGCAGAGAUUUCAGUUUGUCCGUUCAAUCUAACUGCAAGUGCAUUGCAUCGCACCGAUGAAAGAAUAGUUGCUGAUACGCGCUUGUAUAGCAGGCAUUCAGUUAUAAUUAUAUUUUUCUAGAUUUGAUCGCGCUUCGUUUUACAAAUAUGUAAUGUAAAAUAAAUAUGACACAGAAAACAAUUACUAAAAGUUGAGAAAGCUAAGCAAGGGAAGAAUUUAGAAGCGGAAAUGAAAAUAAAAUUUCCUGAUUAUGCCAUCUGACGAAGAAAACAAGAAUUAUUUGCGUGUGAUAAGACAUCUGAAAUAAAUGUCCCAUACCUCUGCGCAUCUAGAGUUCAUACCUUAAUUAGUUUAUAGCACUGGAGCAAUCGCAUAUAAGCCGCCUUGCGCGUACAGCAGAAAUUUAUGUUUGCUUUACAGAGCACUUACCAGAAUGGAUCCACGACAGCGUCUCUUUUUGAUUGCAUUAACACUAUUAGUACUGGCAACACGCAGUUAUGGCAUCACGCGACCAAUAAAAAUCGGUGCAAUCUUUCACAAAGGCGAUGAAGAUCAUAUGUCCGCGUUUCUAAAAGCAAUAUCCGAGACAAGAUACGAACAUCUUGCACCCGUGUUCGAAUUCAUCCCUCUUAUCAAGUAUAUAGAUGAUGAUACUGACAGCUUUAAGACUGGACAAAUUACUUGCGAACUUUUGGAAGAAGGCGUGGCAGCUAUUUUCGGGCCUGCAAGCCCGCAUACUCGCGGAAUAGUCGCGAGCAUUGCCGCGCGAUAUGAGAUACCGCAUAUCGAAUAUGUUUGGCGGGAAAAAGAGACAGUACAAGCGGAAAUGGAAGAAAAUAAAAUUUCCUCAAUGACCAUAAAUGUGUACCCAGACAGCGAGAUGGUCAGUCAGGCUAUCGCCGACGUUGUUGACUCGAUGAAAUGGCAUCGCUCCGUGGCGAUUUAUGAAAACAAUGAAGGACUGUCACGCAUUCAAAAAGCUUUGUCGGUGAAACAACAAAAGGAUAAUUCUAUUAGCAAUUCCAUCAUAAUUCGACAACUGGACGAUGGAAAACAGUAUCGUCCGAUGCUCAAAGAGAUACGCAACUCGUCUAUUUUCAAUGUCAUCAUUGAUGCCAAAGACCCGGAAAAGAUUAAUGAUGUUCUCGAGCAGGCGAAAGAAAUCAAACUGCUUGGAAAUUAUAGCAAUUUCGUUAUAACAUAUUUGGAUGCAUCAAAACUACGUAUCCCCGAGAUACAAAAUGGCACUUCUGCCAAUAUCACCGGAUUCAACAUAAAACAAAAUGAUGUAGAAAAUAUUACCUUGAUAGAGUCGGCGAUUCUCUAUGAAGCAGUAUUCUUGCUGAAUAAAGCGAUAGAGACAUUAAAUUCGAGAAACACUGAUAACGAUGAACCUAUAAGAAUUGAUCCUGUACCACUCUCUUGCGAGCAAAAUCAAAAAUAUCAAGCGGGACCCAAUAUUACGAGCAUUAUGCGAGAGUUAUCAAAGAUGGGGAAGGUAACAGGCGUCAUGAAUAUUGAUGAAUACGGCCGUCGACGGAACUUUAACAUUACGAUACUGGAUUUUCGACCGGAUAUGAUUCCAAUUGGUUAUUGGGAUUCUAAUGGUCUACAUCCUGUACAAACGGAGAAGGACCGCGAAAGCUAUUUAUAUAAAAGCAUCCAAGAUAAGACGUUCAUAAUUAGCACCAGAGUAGGUGCACCCUACGUAAUGGAAGUCACUGAUGGACAACAACGAGGAUAUUUGAUCGAUCACAAAUAUUACGAAGGCUAUUGCAUUGAUUUAAUCGCCGCUAUUGCAGAGCAGCUAGGAUUUAAAUACCAAUACGAGCUCGUGCCUGGACCAUAUAAUGGUCUAAUUAAACGCCUUGUGGAUCGUAAAUCUGAUCUUGCGAUUUGUGAUUUAACAAUAACACGUGAACGUAUGAAUAUUGUGGAUUUUAGCCUGCCGUUUAUGAAUCUCGGUAUAAGUAUUUUAUUUAGUAAACCAGAAGAAAAGAGACCAGAAUUGUUCUCCUUCCUAUCACCUCUCAGUACCGAUGUAUGGAUAUAUAUGGCGACAGCUUAUCUCGGCGUAUCAAUAAUGUUAUUUCUUCAAGCAAGGAUGGCACCUGGUGAAUGGGACAAUCCGCAUCCAUGUAAUGCCGAUCCUGAAGAAUUGGAAAACAAUUUCGAUUUAAAAAAUUCAUUGUGGCUCACCAUUGGCUCACUCAUGCAACAAGGUUGCGACAUUUUACCAAAAGCGCCGUCUAUACGCAUGCUAGCAAGUAUGUGGUGGUUCUUCACAUUGAUAAUGAUAUCGUCUUAUACCGCGAAUUUGGCAGCAUUUUUGACCGCGGAGAAGAUGGACGCGCCUAUUAAAGGUGUCGAGGAUUUAGCAGGACAAACAAAAAUUAAAUACGGCGCUGUCGGCGGUGGUGCUACAGUAGCCUUCUUCAGAGAUUCAAAUUCUACCUUAUAUAAACGUAUGUAUGCAACAAUGAAUGAAGUGCGACCAAGCGUUUUUGUCAAGGACAAUAAAGAAGGUGUCGAACGAGUUUUGAAUAGUAAAAGAACAUACGCUUUUCUCAUGGAGAGUACUUCCAUUGAAUAUGAAACGGAAAGAAAAUGCAAAAUUGAACAAAUUGGGACACUGCUCGACAACAAGGGAUAUGGUAUAGCUUUACCGCGCAAUUCAGAAUACAGAAUACCGAUAAAUGGUGUGAUUUUGAAGCUAGGUGAGAAAGGUGAAUUGCAAAAGCUUAAAAAACGUUGGUGGCAAGAAAAUGGUGGCGGACAGUGCAAAAAAGAUGAAGAAGUUAAAAGUGCUACCAGCGAGUUAGGAAUAGCCAACGUUGGAGGCGUUUUUCUUGUUUUAGGGGUCGGAUGCGUUGCCUCAUUAAUUGUUGCUAUUUUUGAAUUCCUUUGGAAUAUACGCAAAGUCGCUGUGAGAGAAAAAAUAACGCCUAAAGAAGCGCUAAUAGCCGAACUAAAAUUCGCGGUGAAUAUUUGGGCAACGAAAAAACCCGUUAAAAUCGCUAAGAGCAGUGGCGCAAGUUCUUUGGAAGGUGGACUUGGUAGAGCUGCAUCUACGGCUCGUUCUAUCGUUGGUUCCUUUUUACGUCUUGAUAUGCUCGACAAAUUUGAUAAAGAUCAUAACACGAAUAACCGUAGCAAUGAUCGUAAGAUUAAUUAAUUUUUAUUAGACUUACUAAUUAAUUAUUAUCAGAAUUAAAUUAUAUUUUCAAAAUUCUGCACAAAGAGAUAUUUAAAUAAUAAAAAAAUUGUAUAAUUAAUGGAUAUAAUAAAUGUAUAUAGAUCAAA